UCAUUGUAAAAAAAUAUGGAUACUGAAUGACUGAUGUGUACUAGCCCUAGUUUAGGAUCGGAUAAAAUUGUAUCGCAUAAUUGCGCUUAGCAGUUAAAAUAUUAUAUUUUAGUGUCAUUAAAUACAUGCAUUAUGAUUACUUUAAUGCCCUGACCCCAAGUGAUGUUAUAAAAUUGUAUACUUUGUGAGUUAUUUCGGUAUUCAGUGACAUUAGAGUGAAGUGCCUAAUUUGAACAUGGAGGCUAUAGCAAAACACGAUUUCACUGCCACUGCUGAUGAUGAACUCAGUUUUAAGAAGAACCAAGUUCUUAAAAUACUUAACAUGGAGGACGAUAUGAAUUGGUAUAGAGCUGAAUUAGACGGAAAAGAAGGACUUAUUCCUAGUAAUUACAUUCAAAUGAAAAGUCAUAGUUGGUAUUAUGGCAGAAUCACAAGAGCUGAUGCCGAAAAACUGUUAGCAAAUAAACCUGAAGGGGGGUUCCUUAUAAGGAUCAGUGAAUCAAGCCCUGGGGACUUCUCAUUAUCAGUCAAAUGCCCAGACGGCGUCCAGCACUUCAAGGUGCUCCGCGACGCGUCCAGCAAGUUCUUCCUGUGGGUGGUGAAGUUCAACUCGCUAAACGAGCUCGUGGACUACCACCGCACGGCCUCCGUCAGCCGCCUACAGGAUGUCAAACUCAGAGAUGUGGUGCCUGAAGAAAUGCUCGUGCAAGCGCUCUACGACUUCACGCCGCAAGAGGCCGGCGAGCUGGAGUUCAGGCGCGGUGACGUAAUCACCGUCACCGACCGCUCCGACCAGCAUUGGUGGCAGGGGGAGAUAGCGCACCGCCGCGGGCUGUUCCCGGCGUCGUACGUGACCGCGUACCACUCAUAGUGCCCGCGCGCGCGCCGCGACGCUCCUCCGACUCCCCCCCGCCCCGCCCGCCCCGCCCGCUCCUGACACCCACCCCUAGCCACCCCUAUAUACAACCCGGUAACCCUGUAUUCACAUAUUAUCACAUUAUGACGAUAAAGUAAUAAACAUAUAGCAAUAAUUAUAAAAUAUUGGAUCGAGUCGAAGCAUCGCUGAGACAGUAUAAUUUUUUAUGUGGUGAUGUUCGACGUACACGUGUUUUAUGGUGCUUCAGCUUUUUGAUAUUAUUGUUAAGCGGCCGCGUCUCCCGCCUUAGCUCGUCGCGAGUGCGAACACCGAGUUUAUCAGUACAAAAAAAAAAACAAAAAAAGAAAAACAAAAUGCUCGUGAAGCGUCGCCUGUCUCGAUCGCUUGAAAUUUGUGACGAAUUUAUUUUUAAUUGUAAUUGUGACAACUCGACGGACGAACGGUUUUUUAACGUCCGCUUAUACGUGCCAGAAUAAUAUUUUAGAGUUUUUUUUUUUUAAUAUAAUAUAUUUAGUGAUUAAAUAUGAAAGGGGGUCAUUCGGUAUAUCGAUAUUGUUGAUAUUGCCUGAAACAGAUUUCAAAAUGAUGUGAUUUUUUUUUUUUUAGUUUAUUUGACGAAUAUUUAUCCCUUAUUAGUGUAUAAUGCUCAUUUUUUAAAUAUUUACCAUUUUAUUUGUUAGUUAAGUGAUAGUUUUAAGUUCGGUUUGAUCACUAUUCAUAUAUGCUAUACGAGUAUAUAAUCUGGUACGACAGUCAUACCCAUAUCAAUCGUAGCGUCCUCAUGAAGCUAAGCUCUCCUUAGUCAUAGACGAAACGAUUUGUGUUGCGCACAAGGCGAUAGAGAAACGCGUUUAUAUUGUAAUAUUAUUAUAUAUUUUAUAAUCGGUGAUCGUUUUUAUAUUGGCAAAGUUUUGAUAGAACGAGUGUACAGCGGCGUAUUUCCAACAAUAUUUACGGUUAAUGUAUUAAUGUCGUAAAACAAUGUGCUUUUAAUGGCUUUUGAUCAGCGCCGGAUUAGCCAUAGCGGUAGGUAGCAUUUGCUACAGGAGAAAAAAAUAUGAAAGUAAAUUUGGUGGUCAUUAUGGACGAAUUUUUUUUUUGAAAACUGCAUAAAUUGAUUCUUCAAAUGAUGUGAUCAAAUUACCUCUUGUGAGGAUCAUUUUAAAAUGAAUAGCUUUUGAGUUAUUCAAGGAUAUAUACGCGUACUGUUCAAGCUUGAAUGUCCGAAGUAAUAAACCUAAAAUUUUAAUAAUUAAAAUACAGAAUAUAGCUUCUUACUUGUGGAUUUCAGAAAAAAUUUGAACCUUCAAAUUUUUAAAUAUCAAGGUCGCUUUUGGAAAAAAAAAAACAAAUUAGAAUUAGUUUUUUUUUAACCUAAAGGGGCCUCCUGUUUAAAUUUGCUACAGGCCGCGCGCUAGCUCAAUCCGGCACUGCUUUUGAUGUGUUUAUUUGAAUGGAAUUUGUUACCCGUUUUAGUGUUUUACAAAUAUGAAAAUUGGAGUGUCGUGCAUAAUAUCAAUUUAUUGGUUGACGUGAACAUUGACGGCGUAGUCUUUAUUACGCGGAAUAAGUGUUCAUUUGUACGAACGGCAACUGCUACCGAUUGCGGCGACUCUCGGCGGCAGCCAACGGCAGUCGGCGAUGUCUCGGCGGCAGCCAACGGCAAGUCGACUGCAGUCGGCGACACUCGGCGGCAGGCGACGGCGCUCGCCGACUGCAGUCAGCGACGUCUCGGCGGCAGCCAACGGCAGUCGACUGCAGUCGUCGAUAGAGUUGCCGCUCGUGUAAAUGACCGUAAAGGGAAUCAUUAGGUACCUUGUAAGCGACCGCACCGUGGCACCCGAGUGCCAGUGUACUUAGUUAGCGUUUAACAAUUAUAGUCAAGACUUUGGAAUUAAUAACUUUGAGUGCUCGUUAAUCCAAUGUAGAUAUUUAUUUUUGUUAUUGUAAUGUACCCGAAAAUUGCUAUAUUUAUCGAAGCGUAAUAGAAAUUUUUAAUCGUAAUUGAAAACUUAAUGAAUAAUAAUAAAAUUCGUAGGGCGUCAAUAAUAAUAUAAUUAAUGAAUAAUAAUUAUUAUUAUGUAAUUGGAAAACGUAAUUUUUAAAGAGAAUCGUUCCCUUUCAGCGAAGCAUUUAACUGUGUGUAUUAUAGGAAAUAAGUUGGUAUCGCAAUGCACAUGUAAUGUUCACGAUCUGUGAAGUAUCUGACGGUCUGUGAGGUCGUUCACGGUCUGUGAAGACGUUCACGAUCUAUGAAUUUGUUGACGGUCUGUGAGUUCAUUCACUAUCUGUGAAGUAUUUGACGGUCUGUGAGGUCGUUCACGGUCUGUGAAGACGUUCACGAUCUAUGAAUAUGUUGACGGUCUGUGAGUUCAUUCACGAUCUGUGAAGUAUUUGACGGUCUGUGAGGUCAUUCACGAUAAGUGAAGUAUUUGACGGUCUGCGAAGACGUUCAGAAUCUGUGAAGUUGUUGCUCGAUGACGGUCUGUGAAGACGUUCACAAUCUGUGAAGUCGGUUCGAGCAAUGCGCCCGCACGCUUCCCGCUGGCAUUUGCGUUUGUCGGCAGAUAGGUACACGAGAUAACCAUACAUGAAAUAAGUGCUAUAAUCUAUAAUAAUCAAAUAUUUAAAUAGUUAAGUUAUGAUUCUCCAAUAUUGUGGAAGAUGUAUAAUAUUUUUUACUAAUAAAUUUAAUAUUGUA